AUGGUAACCUUUGAUCUCUGGGCUCACACAAAGGUGUUUGAUAAUGUCGUUACCAUGGAGUCUGUAUUCUCCAGCGUGGCCAAGAAUAUUGUUGAGUCUUGCGUAAAUGGAUACAAUGGAACUAUAUUUGCCUACGGACAAACAGGCUCAGGAAAAACAUUCACCAUGCUUGGACCAUCUGAGUUAGACAACUUCACAGAUGAAUUAAGGGGUGUUAUUCCUCGAUGUUUUGAGUACCUGUUCUUUCUCAUCAACAGAGAGGUGGAAAGGUCUGGCCAGUCCAAGAGUUUCCUUUGCAAAUGUUCAUUUAUUGAGAUCUACAAUGAACAAAUUUACGACCUUCUGGACACAGCCUCAGCUAGCCUGUUCCUCCGGGAGAACAUCAAGAAAGGUUUGUUUGUUGAGGGAGCCGUAGAGAAGUUCGUCAACUCAGCCGCUGAAGCCUACCAGGUGCUGUCUACGGGCUGGCGAAAUAGACGAGUGGCCUCCACCUCCAUGAACAGAGAGUCUUCCAGAUCUCACGCAGUGUUCACCAUGAUGUUGGAGUCUAAAGAGUCAAUCAAUGAAGUGGUGAACAUUCGUAUGUCUCAGUUGAACCUGGUAGACCUGGCAGGGUCUGAGAGGCAGAAAGACACAAACACAGAAGGAUCCAGACUAAAGGAGGCCAGCAGCAUCAAUCGCUCCCUCAUGUGCCUCGGUCAGGUGAUCAUGGCCCUGGUUGAUGUGUCCAAUGGGAAGAACCGUCACAUCUGCUACAGAGAAUCUAAACUCACCUUCUUGCUGAGGGACUCUCUUGGAGGAAAUGCAAAGACCUACAUUAUAGCCAAUGUUCAUCCGGGUUCAAAGUGUUUUGGAGAAACUCUGUCCACCUUGCAGUUUGCCCAGAGGGCCAAGUUGAUCAAGAACAAGGCAGUCAUCAAUGAAGACACACAGGGAAAUGUGAGGCAGUUACUUGCUGAGGUGAAGAAGCUGAAAGAGCUGCUUGCACAGGCAGUAACUUCUCCAGGAGGGGACUAUGGGAGAGAUGUAGCGCCAGGAGGACCUGGACUCCCCAUAGAUAUUCAACCCGAGGGCUCAUACAAAGCAAAGUUCAUGGCUGCAGCUCGUCUCUGGAAGAAGUGCGAAGACGAGAGGAGGAUGCUGCUCAACAAAGUGGCUCAGCUUGAGGAGGCCUGGACUCAUAAAGACAAGUUCAUCCAUUCCAGCCGAAUGAUCGUCAAGUUCCGAGAGGACCACAUCUAUCGCCUUGAGAAAAAACUGAAGGCGGAACCAGGCUUAGUUUCAGACAAGGAGUCUCAGGUCGUGAUUGACCAGCUGAAAGACGAGAUAAAUAUAUUGAGAGAUCAGGUUGAACAUCACCCAAAGAUGACUCGAUAUGUAGCGGAGAACUUUGCUCUCAGAGAGGAGAACCGUCAACUCCGUUCUCUUCCGUCAGUGGUGAACGCUGAAGAGGCUGCAGCCCAAGUUACUGCGGAUCUGGAAGAUCAUUUCCAAAGGGCUAUGGAGACAGAAAGACGAACAGAGGGAGCCUCUUCGACCCCUGUGGCUGUAGACAGUGCCUCGGCUGCUGCCAUUGAGAAGCUGAAGGCUAAGCUGCUCCAGAAACAGACUGACCUCACAGGCGCCCUUCAGGCCUAUGAGGAGUACAAAGAAGUGACCAAGAAGCAGAUGUCUCAGCUGCAGUCUGAGAAAAGGUACCUCGACAAGUCCAACAGGCAUUUGGAAAACAUUUUGGAAGCCACGAACGCUUACAAGAAAAAGGAGGUGUCUGAGCUGAACAGAAUUCACGUUGAAACCAUAAAGAUUCUCACCACGCCCACCAAAGCAUACAACCUGCGGACUCGUCUCGUGCCUUUCUCUAGCCCGGAGCACCUGAAUGGGUCAGACCACGGCACGGACGACCUCUGGUCAGAGCCGCCUCCUGCAGAAAUGGCUGAGAUGGCUGUGACUGAGGAACUGUGUCAAGUGCAGGAGCAAGCUAGCCACUUCCAGACACAGUUUAAUGAGGAAGAGCUGAAGAACAGCAAGCUGCAGCAGCAGAUUGCAAAACUUGAGGAGCAGAUCACUGUGAUGUCACAAGAGUCUGACCACAAGGAUGAGCUGCUUUCUACUGAGCGAGCUAACAGGAACACAGAUCAGCUCAACCGACAAGAAACUGCGAACGAGCUGCAACAGAGCCUUCAGUCUGAACAGCAGGCCGCAGAAGUACUGAGGACUGAGAUCCGCGAUCUACGUCUGGUGCUGCAGUCGUCUGACAAGGAGCUGGCUGCUGUGAGGAGCGAGCUAAGAGAGGGUCACAGCGAGCAGCAGAGAGAGACGACUCAGCUCUCCAGCAGUCUGAUCAGCACUCAGCUCCAACUUGACAAAAUCCAGCUGGAGUGGGAGCAGCUUCUGGAGCAGCAUCGGACACUGCAGGAUUCAUUUGACCAGCUCCAAGCUGAGGCCAAGUUUGAUGCGGAUCAGGCCCAACAGCAGCUGCAGGACAAGCAGCAGGAGAUCGAUCAACUGAAGGCACAGGUCACGAAGCUGAAUAGUUCUCUGCAGAUGGAGCAAGAGCACACAAGCAUCCUGAUCUCCCAGUUAACAGAAAACAAAGAGAGCACAUUAAAAGAACUUAUUGAAACGAUGGAGCAAAAUACACUGCUGAGAAAGCAAGUCUCAGAACUGACCGUACAGAAUCAACAGCAGGCAUCCAAAAUUGUCGAUCUUGAGCAAAAUUCCAACUCUGCCAACGAAACGAUAAAAGGCUUGGAACAGAAGACUGAACAGGACAAAGAUGUUGUUGUGGAUCUGAUCAACCAAACCAGAGACCUACGCAGUGAGCUGAGCCAGAAGGACCAGACCAUUGUUCACCUGUGUGAAGACAUCAAUGAUAUCACAGCCAAGUACAAUGUUGCCUGCUUUGAAAGGGAGGAUCUCCAGGGGCAAAACUCUAAGAUUCAGGCAGAAAUCUGUGACCUGAAAGAAAAUGUAGAGAGACGAGUGGCAUCCAACAAAAUAGAGGUGGAGGUGUUGCAGGAGGAGGUGGUUUAUGCCACUGAGGAGGUUGAGAGACUCACUAAGGUCUUAGAUGAGCGAAACAGCCUCUUCCAGGAGCAAACGGCCCAGAAGGACAUCAUGAUGCAGAAGUUACAAAAACAGCAGGAGGCAGUUGAAAGGACGAUCAGAAAUGGACAUUUCAAGCCUCUAGUUGAUCUGACAGGCACGCCUAAAUCAUUACCUCGGACACCCUGCACUCCAAGGAGUUUCAGCAGAGACCUGAGCCACGUACUGGAGAGCCAGGAGAGGGAGCUGGAGAAUCGACGCUCCUCCAUGAUGACCAUGGAGGUACUUUUAGCAGAGCUGAACGCGGAGAGGACGGCCAAGAAUGACGAGAUCCAAAGGCUUAAGAUGCAGCUGACUGAGAAAGAGAUGGUCCGGCUUCAGAUCCAGGCUUUACUUGACCAGUUCUACAACAAGGAGAACCAGCUGAUUCACAAUGGGAAUAACAAAAGCGAUGAGUUGAAUGAUGCCUUCAAAAAAACUAUGCUUAAAGAGCUACAGGAGGAGAGAGCAGAUAAGAGCAACAUAAUGCACCAGCUGUCUGAAACUCAAAAAAGACUGCAAGCUCAGGAGUCGUUGUUGGGCCAGUCUCAAACCUGCGUCCAGGAGCUGACCAAUGAGCUGAGGAACCGCUGUCUAGAGUUGAGGGAUGUGGGCCAGAGGACACAGGAAGAUGAGAAAUGUGUCCAGGAGAAUGAGCUUCUCCGUAAGCAGAAUGUCAAGCUGUCAGAGGAGAAUGGAAAACUUGUCGGACAUAAGAACCACAAACAGAGGAUUGAAUAUCUGGUGAAUCUGAAGAAGGACAACACCAAACUUCAAGAGGAAAAUGAAAAACUCAAAACGGAGAUGAUGUUAAUGCGGGACAACGGUGGAUGUCUGCCACUGGAGAUAACCUAAAUCCCUGGUUCAUUUAUUGUUUAAAAUUACAGGAUUUAGCAUCUUUACCUGUAAAAUGUUUUGGUUUUAAUGGUUUCGGGUACAAAACAUUUUUAAAUUCAUGUUUUCUGUUUCACUCAGGGAAUAUGCAAUUGUAACUUUGCUCAUGAAAUUAUUUCAUAUUAGUUCACCCCUUUUUUCUUUUGCCUGGAGGCCUACUGUACAUUUUUUAAUUUCAUUGAUCUGCUGUUACAGUAGCAUGGACAUAUCAACUGUGACAAAACUUCAAUUAUUCAAGCUCCCUCUGUCCCCGUAGGUUUCUAUGGAUGUCAAUUAUUACACUUAGACACGCUUCUCCGACUAUAUUGAAAUUACAACAAUGCUGAAUUUAGUGUCAAUGUGAAAACUGGACAUUUGUGUUUUUAUCAUUUUUAGGUGCGUAUGUCUUGUACUGUGAUUCGAGUGACCUGAUUUGUAUCCAUGGUAGCCUAUAUGGUUGGUUGUAUUUUUUUACCAUCACACUGAGCUAUAUAUGCAUAGUUUUUUUUUAGCAUAAUAAACUUGUCCUUCAAUUGUAAUGCUAUAAUUAAAACAAUUGUAUUCA